GACGGGGACGGGGGGGGGGGGGAGCCCGGGGUCCCGGCUCCGCAGUUUCCCCCGCGAAGGCCGAACCCGCGCCGCCCGCUCCCGCUCGGGGAGCAGGAUGUGGCCCCGUCCCGGGCGGUCUCGGCGCCCUCCCCGUCGCGGCGCCCUCCCCCGGUGCGGGGCGAGAGGCGGAGCCGCCCGCCGCCUUUAUCUGGCGUGCCGGCGCGGGGGGGUGGCACUGGGGAACACCUUGGUUUAAGAUACGGGCUAUAAAUACGGCGCCGGGGAUGGGAGCGCGGCCACGGGCGGCGGCGGGCUGACGGCUCCGGAGACGGUGGGAUUCUGCUCGCCAGCAGCCGCCCAGCCCAGCCCGCGGCGGAGGGCGAGCGGUGCCGCCAGCGAGGAGCAGCAGGAGGAGGUCGCCGCCGGAGGAGCCCCGCCGUCCGAGCCGCUUCGCUGAGCUCGCCCGCCCGCCCGCCGGCAUGAUGCAGAUCUGCGACUCGUACAGCCAGAAGUACUCCCUCUUCAACGCCAUGAACCGCUUCAUCGGCGCCGUCAACAACAUGGACCAGACGGUGAUGGUGCCCAGCCUGCUGCGCGACGUGCCGCUGCUGCUGGAGGAGCUGGACGCGGCGGGCGCCGUCUGCCCGCAGCGGGACGCCGCCCUGCCGCCCGGCGACCCCGGCGCCUACUUCUCCCGUAGGGACAUGUACAGCCACUACAUGCUGCUCAAGUCCAUCCGCAACGACAUCGAGUGGGGCGUGGUGCAGCCGCCGGCGGGCGAGGAGGCGGCCCGCAAGAAGGACAAGCUGGGCGGCGGGCCCGCCGAGGAGGGCGAGGGAGAGGAGGACCUGGAGAAGCAGUUCCACUAUCACCUCAGCGGACUCCACUCUGUCCUCUCCAAGCUCACCCGCAAGGCCAACGUCCUCACCAACAGAUACAAGCAGGAGAUCGGCUUCAGCAGCUGGGGGCAGUGAGCGCCGGGGGGGAGCGGGGGAAGGGGGCGCCCGGCACGCCGCCGGGAGCGGGAGCGGCGCGUACCCGCCCGGCGCUGCUGCCGCCGCCGUGGGGGCCUGCGUGUGCCCCGGGCUGCGGCUCCCCUGCGCGCUCCCGGGACUGCAGCCGGUUUUCUACCAACGCACAAGCCAGAGAGAGAUGUAAAUUAAUCAAUACUAGCUCAUUAAUUAUUUCCCCCCUCCCCUUCCUUCUUUGUUUGGGUUUUUUUAUUAUUGGGUAUGGGGCGAGCGGUUGCUGUGCCUCCCCGGGCGGGGGUGCCGAACCGGUGCGCGUGCGAGGCGGUGGCGUAGCUGGCAGACGGGAGGCUCGACACAAGCCGAUGAACAUAACAAAACAUAAAAAUUGCUUCCGAUACCCGGGAGGGAACCCAGUGAGCAAACGAGCAUCCCUCUGCCAGGGGACGGAUGGCAGGUCCCCACAGUUGUACAUGUACUGGAGUUUAUUUAAACUUUUUUUACUCAGAUGUAGAGUAUAUUCUAAAAUAAAUGCAAAUGUAUUAACUAAAAGUGACUUAAAACUUUUUGGUAUGACUUAUGCUUAAUUAAAUGAUAUUUUUAACGUCUGGAAUUCUUCUGUUGUUCGAAGUUAUUUCCAGAGCUGCCUUACUAGAUGGAGAAGCCUCUUCGUGUGCAAGAGAGGGGGUUUUGUGGGCUUCCCACCCCUACCCCCCCCCCCCCGCCCCGAAGGGAGUGAUUAGGUAGUGAUAACUUGGCGUAUCCAAAAUGGAUGAAUGACCAUAUUGACUGCACCAUACACGGCCUAAGUUUGAUAAGCUGCUCCCAACUGGACAGUCCAGUUGCUCCUUGCGAAUGCUGGCAUGAAGGUCAGUGCCCCUUUAACAGAAUCUGAGAAGAUGGAGUCAUGGUUACUUUGCAGGCAGAGAUUCAUGGAGGUUGGAGCGAAGCCUAGGAAUGACUCGCUUUUUCGGGAAGUAUCUUAAUGUACUGUGGGGAGCUCUUUUCUAUCCCUUGGAACAGGUCUGGGAUACUUGCCCUCCCUUCUCUCUUGCAUUUCUUUCCUCUCUAAUCUUCCUUGGAUACAAGUAAUUAAUUGGUUUUAUGUUAUCCAAGUUGUAUUGAUUUCUUUCUCUCUGCAUUAUUUUCUUUUAUUUGGCGAAAUAAUGUGCCUUGGAAUUGGGUGUCUAUAUCAUGUUCUAAUAUUAAAAGUGUACUUACUGAUUACAAUACAAUGUGUGCAUAUCACAGAGGAUAACGAUUUAAUAAAUACGUACAUCCUUACAUAA